AUUGAUAGGCUGGUCUCACCAAUUAUCAUUUUACAUUUACUUUUGAGAAUUAUAAUAACCUAACAACAAAAUGUGUAAGGGACUUGCUGCACUGCCUGCAACAUGCUUGAGAAGUGCAAAAGAUAUGAAGCACCGUCUUGGCUUGUUUUUACAAAAGCCAGAAUUGGUAUGUGAUCCAAAGAAGGAAAAAGCAGCUGGUGCAAAAAAGAGCAGUGCUGAUGAAGUCCAGAGAUGGGAUGAAUCUUUAGAAAACCUGAUAAAUAAUGAGGAUGGCCUGACCUCUUUUAUCACUUUCUUGAAGUCUGAAUUCAGUGAGGAGAAUAUAGAGUUCUGGAUGGCAUGUGAGGACUAUAAGAAAAUCAAGUUGCCAUCCAAACUGACUCCCAUGGCAAAGAAUAUUUAUGAACAAUAUGUUGCAGUUCAGUCUCCAAAAGAAGUCAACCUUGAUUCUUCAACGAGAGAGGAGACCAGCAGAAACCUUUUAGAACCCACAACUGCAUGCUUUGAUGAGGCUCAAAGGAGGAUCUUUCUGUUGAUGGAGAAGGAUUCCUACCGAAGGUUCUUGAAAUCUAAGCUCUAUCAGGACAUGGUACAGCAGACCAGUAGCAGUAGCAGUUUUAGGAUCCAGAAGAGAAGAAAGAAUAAGGUCACUGAAUUCAACCAGCAAUUUCCCCAGUGUGCCUAAAAGAGCUUCAGUGUGCAUUGCAUUGCUACAUAGCCAAACACAGCUAUCUGAAAAUGAGGUACCUGAGCUGUCAAGUUACUCAAGCAAAGACCAACAAUGUUAACCUAACUGGGGGAAAAAUAAUAAGACCAUCCCCAUUCCCCCCCUUUUUUUUUUUUUUUUUUAAUUUAGUCAUUGUCAGUUAUUUUUUAUUUUCUCUCAAUUUUGAA